CGUGAGUAGAUUUGCCAACUGUUGUGGGGAUGCUGAGGAGAGAGCAUCCUUCACUGUAGGUUUUCACACACACAGGCCGUGUGUUUUAUACGCUGUGAUGUUACAACGCCGAGCAGUGUUACAUUUUACUUGACUGCCGUGAGUUGCUCUUACACGGAAAACUACGCUUUCAAGCUAAGCUAGGAGCUAACACUCCAAGAUUAGCGAUGGUGGAUUUGUCCGAAGGUGGUGCAGUGUCAGUCGGACACAACAGAGACAGACAGGGAUCAGGUUCGGGUAAUAAUGAUAGGAUAACGUCGAAGAAGUCGCGAACGAGAAGAGGCAAAAGAGGAAAGAGAAGGAGGAACAAAAAGAACAACAGGAACAAAACGCCACCGCCGUAUUUACCACCGGAGGCUGAAGAAGGGAACAUUGAAUAUAAGUUGAAGCUGGUCAACCCCACACAGUACCGCUUUGAGCAUCUGGCCACACAGCUGAAGUGGCGACUGCAGGAGGGCCGUGGCGAAGCUGUCUACCAGAUAGGAGUAGAAGACAAUGGUCUGCUAGUCGGCCUGACUGAGGCUGACAUGAAGGCCUCACUCAACACUUUAAAGAAGAUGGCAGAGAAAGUCGGGGCUGACAUCACUCUCCUCCGAGAGAGGGAGGUUGACUACGACUCAGACAGAAACACGCGCAAAAUUGCAGAAGUCCUUGUUCGAAAAGUUCCUGAUGAUCAGCAGUUCCUGGAUCUGCGGGUGGCAGUGCUAGGCAAUGUGGACUCUGGGAAGUCAACCUUGCUGGGUGUCCUGACACAAGGCGAGUUGGACAAUGGACGAGGCCGUGCACGGCUCAACCUUUUCAGACAUUUGCAUGAGAUCCAGACCGGACGCACCUCCAGUAUCAGCUUUGAGAUCUUGGGCUUCAACAGCAAAGGAGAGGUUGUGAACUACAGUGAGUCCAGGACAGCUGAGGAGAUCUGCGAAAGUUCUUCCAAGAUGAUCACCUUCAUCGACCUUGCAGGACACCACAAGUAUUUAAAGACCACCAUCUUCGGCCUCACAAGUUAUUGCCCUGACUUUGCCAUGCUGGUGGUGAGCGCUAACACUGGUAUUGCUGGUACAACUAGGGAACACCUGGGCUUGGCCAUGGCGCUGAAAGUUCCUAUCUUCAUUGUAGUCAGUAAAGUGGACCUGUGUUCCCGAGGCACUGUGGAGCGAACAGUCAGACAACUAGAGCGAGUUCUGAAGCAGCCAGGCUGCAACAAGGUGCCCAUGGUGGUGUUGAACCCUGACGAUGCUGUGAGUGCAGCACAGCAGUUCACCCAGUCCACAUGCAUUACACCCAUCUUCACCCUUUCCAGUGUGUCUGGUGAGAAUCUGGACCUCCUGAAGGUUUUUUUGAACAUCCUUCCUCCACUGAGCAACAGCAAGGAGCAGGAAGAGCUGAUGCAGCAGCUCACUGAGUUUCAGGUUGAUGAGAUCUACUCAGUUCCUGACGUUGGGACUGUGGUUGGAGGAACUCUGUACAGUGGAAUGUGUAGGGAGGGUGAGAGGCUGGUGGUGGGUCCAACUGAUGAGGGCCGUUUUCUGCGUCUGAAGGUGGGCAGUAUCCAGAGGAACCGCUCUGCCUGCAGAGUGCUGAGGGCUGGACAGGCUGCAACGCUGGCUUUGGGAAACUUUGACCGUUCACUAUUGCGCAAGGGCAUGGUGAUGGUCAGUCCCAAGAUGAACCCAACCAUCUGCUGUCAGUUUGAAGCUGCCAUUGUCCUGCUCUUCCAUGCCAAGACUUUCCGUCGGGGGUCACAGGUCACCAUACACGUUGGUAAUGUCAGGCAGACUGCCACUGUGGAGUGCCUUCAUGGAAAGGAUGAGCUGCGUACUGGCGAGAGAGCUGUUGUUCGUUUCCGCUUUAUCAAACACCCCGAGUACUUGCGCCUGGGCGCUAAGCUUCUCUUCAGGGAGGGCGUCACCAAAGGCAUCGGCCAUGUCACCUGCCUGCUGCCCCCUUCUCAGAAUCACAACCAGAACCACGACCAGAACCUGCAGGAUUAUUAAAAAUUGCUCCUUCAUCAAACAGACAGAUGUUGAGGCAGUGAGAAUGAUGACUGCUUGGGGAACAUAGGUCUCUGAUCAAAUUUAGCCAUGCACAUCAUGUUGGAGUCCCACCUGUUUUGGAUCUAUGUUUCUGUCCUCAUCCGUUCCUGCGGUGAUGUCAGAAAGGCUGUUUUCCAGCAAACAUUCAUAUCUUGAGUUAAAGCUGGAUGACCAUUAAGUGGACUUAAGCCUGAAGAUUAAUUUGAAGUUUUGCCACAGAUUGAUUAAAAGGUUCCUUUUUAUCAUUGCCGCUGUCAUUGGAAGAUAGCAGGAGUAUUUUAAAAGCAUGAAUAGUGCUUACUCAUUGCUGAUGUGGAGUGAAGGUGUAAUUCUGUUUCUCUUGAUGUGCACGACGGAUUGACCUCGCUCUUCGUACUGUCUCAGAGACAUGUUUGCACGCUUAAACUCAUCAAGAAAUUUGGUGAGGGAAGAUUAUAUUUAGCACAUACUUUAUUUUCAUUAGUCUUAGGUGGAUUCCUUUCUAAGGAGUCUGCUUAUGAUGCCAAACAUUUUAGACCCUUGCCGUGGUUUUUUCGCGGUCUAGCCAUUGACUGGGGUAUUUUUCACAAAGCAUUGGAUGAGUCAGGCGCCAUUAUCUGACAACAUUGGUGGGCAAACUAUUAAUUUGUGAUUUCAAAUUAUCACCAGAAGUGUGUAACUUCAUUAGCAACAUCCUCCCGAAAUGCGCCAACAACAUUGAGAGUAACAUCCUCCUCUCUGACCCUUAAUGCUCGCUGGUCGCUAUGAUAAUGCGUAAAUAUUUCCAAAUAAGACACACAACUACAACAAGGGAAAAGACCCAGUUAACUGAGUUAAUGAUAGAAAACCCUGAAAACCAUCAAUUUCACACCCGAGCCUCAACUCUCGCGGUACGAAAUGACUCAGGCUGUUUUCCAACAAACAUUUGUGUCUUAACUUAAGCUGGAUGACCAUAGUGGACUUAAGCCUGAAGAUUAAUUUGAAGUUUUGCCACAGAUUGGGGGUUGCGGACUGCUGGACUAAUUAUUGCAAUGACUGAUCUAUAUGUACUGAAUGGUUGACUAAGGCUACAUUCACACUGCAGGUCUUAAUGCUAAAUUCCAAUUUUUUGAUCAAAUUCGACUCUUUUUUUUGUCUGGUUGUUCACACUACAAAUAAAAUGCAACAGCAAAUGCGCUCUAGUGUUCACGGCAUGCACAAAAGAAGACGCAAAAGAAGACGUCACACACAACACGCUCUGCUUAUAGAAGUAAAAAUGGCUGCUACAGAGCUAGUAGGUGUUGUUUCAGCAGUCUAUCAAUUUCUGCACAGUCAUAACCGACAUAAUUUUGAAAAAUUAUUAGGAAAAGAACGACACUGAGAAAAAAAGAGAGCCCCGUGCUUUAACAAUGGCCUCGUUUGGACCAGUGGCUCCAUGCAGAGGUAUAUAUGGCCACGGAGUCGUUUAGCUUGUUUGAAUUGUCUCCCCAUAUGCUAAUCAAGUCCAAAACCUCAGUUUCUGUGAUCGGAUAUGGGUCGCAUAGGGUCAGAAAAGUCGGAUUUGAUGCAUUUUCGCCUGCAGUGUGAACGUAGCCUAAGAUGUUUUGAUGAUUCAAAAAAAUGUUUGGUCUUUUGAUUUGAGAUCACAUUGUACUAGUUUGUGUUCAGAACUGUAAAAACAUACUUCAUGCUAAUACUUAUUUCUGCAGGACGACCAGGUGAUUUCAUUACAGUUAUUUUUUGAGGAUGAUUUACUUUCUGAAUGUUGGAUGAAAUAUAUAUUUUCGUCCGGAGUUAAGCUGUUAGUUAAAUGCAUCAUAAGUCACUGUGGUCCAGGAGUGUGACAGGUUCCUUUUCCCUCAAGAAGGUGAAAAAAAUUUGUAGAAGAAACUGGUAUUAAAUUCUUAACCAUCAAAUCCUGUACAUUCAGUAUCUGCAUUUACGAAUGGCAGAAAUAUUUGCUACUAGGUUUCCAGUUUGUUCCAACUCUCCAUUCAUAUUUGUUGGCUGUAUUAGAAGUUUGUACAUUUUAGAAGCCAGGCAGCUUUUGCAGCUACACCUAACCUGCAUGCCCUUUGAGUGAUUAAAAAACAAUCGCACAUUUCAAGUAUAACACACAUGUGGUGGAGUGUUUAUGCAGGUAAACUUCAUUUUUCUGGGGUUCUGUGCAAUUGUAAAGCUAAAUAUUGAAUGUACUUUCCUUGAUCCUGUGUAGCAUUUCAAUCUUAUUGCUGUUUAAUGGAGUGAUGGUUGAUUUCGCACUUUGUAUUUUGAUUCUGCAUGUUGGAGACUACCAGUUCUGCAGUACAGUGUAACGUGGAGGUGGUACUGAAAGGUGUGACAUGCUAAAGCUGAACAUUUAAAUGUUAUGGGGUGAAUUUAUUAGUUUUUACUGACCGUCCCUUUUAGUGAGAAAUAAAAAAGUAACAGUAAGAAAUGCAAA